CACGAACAUCCCAAAGUUAGUGGAUCGUAUAGCAGAGUUGGGCGAUGAGCCGGUUGACUUUGAAGGCAGCAAAGCAGCACAUGUGGCCUUGGGGAAGAAGAAGGCGAAGUCAGUCAUGGCUGACCACAUCGCCGAGGUCAUUGAUUCGGCUCGACAUGUCCGAGUACAUGGAGAGGCACCAGAUGUCGAGGCUGAUCAGGACAUCCAGCGGCUACAGAAACUGCGAGGACGGUGGGCAGUUGGCCGAGGCAGUCCGCAACCAGCCGUAUUCAGCUGUACUGUUUGACGAGAUCGAGAAGGCGCAUCCGGAUGUGCUCACCAUUCUGCUGCAGGUCCUGGACGAUGCACGGCUGACAGACGGGCACGGGUGCGUUGCUGAUUUCAGCAGCAGCAUUGUCAUUCUUACGUCCAAUAUCGGGCAGGAGCAUCUAGCCAGGAAUAUCUACGCGAGUAAAGGUGAUAUUGAGGCAGUGCUGUGCAUAAGGGCGUUAUUGGCAAGUUCUGGGAGAAAAUUCGGCCAGAGCUGGCGAACCUGACUGGACCAGAUUGUUGUGCUCAACCCACUUGGCCACAGUGCACUGCAGUAUAUCGUCCGGCUUCGAGUCAGGGAGAUCGAGCAGCGUCUGGCUGACCGGAACAUAACGAUAACUAUGGAGGACACUGCCAUUGAUCUUGUUCUCAAGAAGAGGUAUGACCUGCUGUUUGGUGCGCGGCCGAUUGGUCGCUACCUGGAGCAGCACCUGGUGUCGGAGCUGGCGGUGGCAAUUGUCUGUGGUCGGCUGAAAAACAACGAAAAUGUGAUGGUUGGGUGCCGUGAUGACAAACCUGCUACCAGUGUCGUGAGGUCGGCAGCUUGACAUUGCAAGACACAAACUAGCUGAAUGUUCAAUAUAUUAGAUCGCGU